UUCUACUGCUCCCACUUCCUUCGGUGCUGCCUGCGCCGCCCAUGUACUUAAAAUGCCAACGACGCCCUCCGGCAGGGCCUCACCCCACAUGGCCACCUUCGUCGUGCCUCUCCAUCUUCUUCCUUCUCUCUCCUCCUUCUUCUUCUUCCAACUCCCAUUCACAUGUUUCCUCGCAUUCUUCCUCCUGCGACUUCUCCUGAAGCAGUCCCGGAAGGCGGCGGCGUCGACGGCGGCGGAGGUGACUAUUCCUCCCGGCAACACCUGGCUUCCCUUCGUCGGAGAGACGCUGGAUUUCUUGGCAGCCUGCUACAGCAACAGAGGAGUUUACGACUUCGUCAGGACUCGCCAUCUCCGGUACGGAGAGUGUUUCAGGACGAAGAUACUGGGGCAGAUCCAUGUGUUCGUGUCCAGCACAGAGGUCGCGAGGACGAUUAUAGGUUUUGAAUCUCCUGACUUCUCCAAGAGGUACAUCCGGUCGAUAGCGGAGCUUCUGGGAGAGCACAGCUUGCUUUGUGCGGCUAGCGAGCAGCAUAAACUCGUCAGGCGGCACAUCUCCUCCCUGUUCAAGUUGGAAGCAGUGGAUUCGGCAGUGAAAAAAUUUGACGAACUGGUUUUGGAUACUUUGCGUGGAUGGGAGCUCAAGGACAGCGUUAUAGUGCUUAGUGAUGCGUUGAAGAUCACAUUUAAUGCAAUCUGCAAGAUGCUUAUAAGCACAGAGGAAGAGUAUGAGCUUGAAAUACUGAGAAAUGAUGUUUCUGAAGUGACUGAAGCCAUGCUAGCAUUUCCUUUGAAGCUUCCAGGAACUAGAUUUUACAGAGGCCUAGAGGCUAGGAGAAGGAUAAUGAAUAGACUGAGAAAAAUGAUACACUCGAGGAAGAAGAGGUUGGAGUAUCAUGAGGACUUUUUACAAGGCCUACUUGUAGGUGAUGGUAAAGACCCACUAACUGAUGAACAAAUCAUGGAUAAUAUUUUGACACUUAUCAUUGCAGGACAGGUAACAACAGCGAGUUCGAUAGCUUGGAUGGUCAAGUAUUUAGACGAAAACCAAGAGGUGCAGGAAAAAUUAAGAGCUUUGCAUUUGGAUCUUGCAAGUAAAAAAUCUUUGUCUCCUUUGGGAUCUGAAGUUCUUAACCUUAUGCCAUACGCAAUCAAGAUAGUGAAGGAAUCCUUGAGGAUGGCGACAAUUGUAUCUUGGUUCCCAAGAGUGGCACUCAAGGACUGUGAAGUUUACGGAUAUAAGAUUCAGAGAAGUUGGAUUGUGAAUGUCAAUGCAAGAGCCACACACUAUGAUCCUAUGGUGUACGAAGAACCGAUGAAGUUCAACCCGUCAAGGUUUGACGACGACCCUAAGCCCUAUAGUUUCAUGGCAUUUGGAAUUGGAGGGCGAACGUGUGUGGGAAUGCACCUAGCCAAGGCGAUGAUGUUAGUUUUUCUACAUCGGCUAGUUACUACCUAUAGAUGGAAGGUGACUGACAAGGACUCAAGCCUGCAGAAAGGAACCAUGUUUCCGAUGCUAAGAAACGGGUGCCCGAUCACAGUCACUGCGGUUGGAGUUGAGCCUAAAUUUCCAUAGAGAUCAAGAUGAACAUUUGCUGUGGCCUUGCUACUCAGACUACAAUGUGUAGUUGUUUACGAGUGAAGUUUUAUGUUUAUCCCUUCUGUUUUCGUUCCUCGCUUGCUUGUCGGUUUGCGAAGUUGAAAACAAUUCUGAAAAACUGAAGUUAUCGAUAA